CCCCAUCAUCAGUGGUGCCACUGUUCCCAACAUCUACCUUCAGAACUACGUUUUAUAGCUGGUGAACCUGGUGGGGUAGACGAAGAUCACACAUCUUAAACAUCGCUUCACGGCGAUUAAUCCAGUGUCGGACCGAUACUUGAAGUCAGCUAUGCAGACUCUUCCGGUUGAGCUUCAAACGCACAUAUGUCAUUUGGCCCUCAACGAAGAUCUAGCGAGCCUCUCUCGUACCUCGACUCACUUCCUGGAUGUCGCUCAGCCCGCGCUUUAUAGGCAUGUGGUUCUGAAGAUCGAUCCAUCGGGCUAUCAGGAACAAUCACAAUCGCCAUGGAAUCGCUUCCAUGACACCCUCAUGAGCCGCCCUCUCCAUUUUGGGCCGAUGAGCCGCUCCCUUACGGUAGUAUAUGGUUACAAGGGAGUCCCUUGGAAUGAGCUCGAUGGUAUUCUUAAGGCUCUGCCAAAGCUCCUCCGGCUAGAUUUUCGAGGCUGGGAUGUUUUUCCAGAUGUACCCAACCUGGCGAGCCUGUCCUCCCACAUCAGUCCCCAUCUGCUCGAGCUUAACUCCUUCCCCACAACCCUCGGCCCCGCCCUUCUUCAUCUACUCGACUCGCUGCCAACCCUCAGAGUUUGGCGUAACAAUGCAGAGAGUAUCGUGUACAGCUCCCAGUUCACGCUAUCACCCUGUCUUAAACGCAUAGAAGUGUUUGAGGCUGCACUGGUCGACGAUCCGCUCGUAUUCGCGCACGUCCUACGCCAUAUGACCAAUCUGACCCAUCUCACGAUAUCGCACUGUAAUUUCGGGCCUCGUCGAUUUUUAGAAGCGGAGGAGCGUCGACGGGCGAUCCUCGAUGCUUUCUCCCGCUGUGGCACCAAGCUUGUCAGUUUCACGAUGGAGGAUUCACCGGCUGGCAGCAAGCAUCCUGCACCACCGGCAGGUAGCAGGGAGCCCGCACCCCUCACAUGGAUCCUAGCGAACAUCGUUCCGCGAAUGCCCAACCUGCGACGGCUGGAGCUUCUACCGGGUUCAGAAGCCUAUCGUACUAUAGCCUUUGACCGCAAAUUCCGGUACAGCGACUCGGCCGUCAAGGAAAGCGACAGCCCUGACCCCACCGCCCUCAUUAGCAUCGACCCCGACGAACUCUCAGAGCUCGCGAUGCCAUCUUCACUUAGAUUCUUCACGUUGGUCGGUAGUGAACGCAUGAUUGGCAACUACCACCGCGGUUCGAAAAUAGAAGGACUGUCGCGUGCGGGAUGGGCCAAUGCCAACAUCAUAAUGACCCUCUUUCCUUCCCUACCAAAAUUCGUCUAUAUCGAACGCGGGGCCUUGCAUGUGUUCGGACGCUUCAAGAAUGGGAUCUGCAAAUACAAUGGCGCGCGACGUUGGAGGCACGGUUGGAAGGAUCUCGACAGUGAUACUCUAGAUGGCUCUUUGUGCUAUAGUUUAUCUCCUCAUGAAUUCCUGGAUACAGUUCCGAGUCGUGCUUCAUCGGCAGAACUAGAUGGUAUACCCUCCCCGUUCGACAGAGAAGGUUGAGGGCUACGGUAGGUCGGCCGCAGAAUGCAUUAGAUCUAAGGUUUUCGUUCCAGAGUAAUCGAGUUGGCAUUGUUUGCGUUGUACUAUACCUAAUUUGAUUCAAAAGGCCGCUUCAG